AUGUCACCUAUAGAACAUCUUUGGGACUACCUUGAUCGCCAGAUUCGACAGAGACAACAGCCCCCACUCAACAGACAACAACUGCAACAAUCCCUAGUUGAGAAAUGGCGACGCAUCCCGAAUGACGUUACUCAGCUGAAGACGUCCCUUCACCGUCUGUCGGCAUUCGACAUGAGGUCCCUGUGGUUGGUUGCUGUUGACAACACAGAAACAGAGUUGGCCAGCGCCUGGGCUUCCACGUUACAGAACGUCGCCUUCGUCGUGUCGUCUUCAACCACAACAACACGUCUGACUGGAUUCAGACCAAUUUCAACAGAUAUUCGGAAUAAUAUACCAAAAUAUAUUUGUGACGAAAAGAAGAGCGGCAGUGUUGUCACUAUUCCAGAAAAGCCCAAUGUUCUAAUGAGAACAUUGUUUCCCUUGACGCCAUAUGGGAUGAAUAACAAAACGUUAGUCGUUGCCACUCUUCCGUUUCACACCUUUGUCAUUCGAAGUACCAAAGAGGAAAAGACAACCUAUAGCGGCUUGUGUAUCAGCAUUCUCGACAUCAUAGCUCAGUCUCUCAAUUUCAGCUACAUAAUCGGAGAGCCAAAAGAUGGAUCUUGGGGAAAGGAGCUUAAGAAUGGGACGUACACUGGCAUGGUCGCAGAAAUAUUAAAAGAAGAAAUUGACUUAAUAGCUGCGCCAAUAAUCCCUCAAGUUGAGCGGAUUCACAAGAUGGACUUCACGAUCCCUUACUCCUGGGACAGGAUUGUCGUCAUGUUCAAGAAGCCGCCAUUGACAUCCACAAAAUGGCUGACGCUCGUUAAUCCUUUCCAGCUGGAGGUGUACUUGUGUAUCGGAGCGUCCCUGGUGUUCGUCGUGUGCCUCGUUGUGUUCGUGGAGUGGAACAACCCCUACUACUCGCCAGAAGCUCGCCAAGUGUGCACCAUCUGGCACAUCAUCAGACAUUUCACGUGGUACGCGUAUGGCUCGCUGAUAAAACACGGGGGAAUCCACCUGCCCGACUCUAUAAGCGGCCGCGUCAUCAUCGGCUUCUGGCUGCUAUUCUGCACGAUCAUCUCGGCGGUGUAUUCCGCCAAUUUGAUCGCCUUUCUGACGGUGAACAUAGAAAACCUCAAGUUCCACACCGUGGAGGACCUGUUGGACGAAGACUCAUUUAAGUGGGGAUCUACAGGCAACUAUCCUUUCAAAACUCUCAAAAAUGUGAGCAACUAA